GUCCGAGUAAUCUUCAAAAUGUCGACUUCAAAUUGGACUUGUCCUCCUGCACAUCCAUUCAUCCCCGCUACUACGGGCGAUCGACGUUCUCCUUGUCCAGCACUCAAUGCACUAGCAAAUCACGGUUACUUGCCACGCAAUGGACAGAACAUCGGACUUUGGCAUCUGAUACGCGCAGUGCAAGAAGUGUACAACCUGUCCUUUAUAUUGGCAGCCUUACUCGCUUUGGCAGGAGUUCUACUUUGCGGUCACUCCUUCCGUCUGGACCUUGACGCACUGGCCAUGCACAACAAAAUCGAACACGACGCAUCCCUCGUUCAUGCAAACGCAUUGGGUCAACAACGUGCACCUACUAAGGUCGACCCAAAACUUCUGAAGUCAUUUCUAAGCUACGCAGAUCCUCAAAGGGGCAUGAGUCUGUACGACCUCGCGCAAGUGCGCAUAUCUCGCGAGGCCCAGCUAGCUCAUCCACUCGACCCCAUCCAUUCCCAGAUCGGGGCUGCUGAGGCAGCUUUGUGUUGGUUGCUUCUCAAACAAGACGAUGGUCGCAUCCCGUCAAGCAUACUUUUACAGUGGUACGGGGAAGAACGUCUGCCCGACAAUUGGGCACGACCACGUCGUGUUAUAGGAUUGCUCAAUGCUCGCACAAAGGCGAUGGAAGUGGCAGGUAUCAUGAACGGUCUCAGAAAGUCUACUUGCCGUGGUACACCGUCGUCUUCCAACUUCAAUGCCUUUGCCUUGGGCUUGAGGAGAAUAUUUAGUACUAAUAUAGCCACCUUCCAUCGUUCAUCUUGAGAGUAAAAACGUAUCCUGUUGUCUCAAUAGACAAGUGUUGUAAUCCCUAUCAGCGAUCCCUGCUUCUACCAAAUCCUCCUU